AUGUCUACGGCCAGCUCUGUUACGCGCAUGCCUGAUCCUGGCCGACCGUCUACCCAACUUCGACCUGCUGCUCUCUACUACCCGGAUACUACCGCGGUAUUCUAUGCCUCUGUGUUCAAAUACAACAACAACGAAUUUACUCAGACCUUGGUUGUCAACUGCGCCACUUCCUGUGGCUCUGAUGGCAUCCCCGAGCAAACCAUCACGGUAAAAGUUGACAACACAUUGUCAUUCGCUGGCAAUCAUGUUUUGUCAGGCAGCCGCACCGCCUGGGGGUUUGGAGCGACAGGUGGUCAGAAAAGCUCGUUCAGGUACGCUGCCAUCACAGUAAAGGAUGGUGAAAAGUUCAAUCUUCCGGCGAGUUCACUAGAGGUCCCAGCCUGCUUCGUAGCGUCACGCCUUCAAGUAGUCACAGUGACCACUGGCCUCGACCGAAUCUACGGCUGGGGUACCUACAAUGAUAACUCCGACGUUAUGACAACUUGGAAGGAACGUGUGAUGUCUAGUCUCAGCUGCACACCAACUCCAGAGCACAGCACAACACAACACAAACUGGGGGCACAUCUGCAUCUGGAGUUGCCGAGACGGGCUCAAAGACAACAGCAGCUGGGGCAGCCACGGCAACGAAUUCUGAGGGUUCUAGUGGUCUAA